AUGCAACCUCUUGAUAAUAGGAGCCUUGACUUGGAUGGUGAAGACCCAAUUCUUGUCCCAGCAGAUCUUGGUGGAAAGUCCAGACUUUCGUCUCACAAUGAUUCUGAAACCGACGAAUCAGCAUCUGAAAGGCGCGAUGAAGUGCAAGAGAUCCGCAAUCGCUCUCGUCACGAAGAUCGCAGUGUCCAGGUCUGGCGAUUGGCUCUACUCUUUCUGAUUCUAGUGAUCGGAGCGACUGUAUCUGGACUCACCUUCCAUUUUUUGCAACAGGAGGAAAAGAAGGCAUUGAAUCUUGCGUACGAUCAGUUCUCUGACGCCCUCUCUGAAGCGGCUAUUCGCCAACAAGAAGAUAUUCGCGAGGGGUUCCAAACCCUUGCCACAAUCAUCUCUGACUACGCUGAUGCAAGCAACCAGAUCUGGCCAUUUGUGGAUCUCCCGAAGUUUGAGGCCUAUGCUGAGCAUGUCUUGAAGAUUGCUGGAACAGAAGUCUGUACCUUGUUGCCACUGGUCACAAGAGAAAACAAAGAAGCCUAUUUGAACUACACCGACAACAACUACGAACGCAUAGUCGCUGAAGCACACAUGAUCGAAAAUGGCAAUUUGGACGAUCUGAACCCAGUGGGAUACAAAUCGUUUCUAACUGUCGGCACAGCGAAUGGGUUCGUUGAAGACAUUGAUCGCGACUUCUACCAUCCCAUGUGGCACUUUUCGCCACCGAUGUUUACAUACGGUGCUCUCAAUUGGAAUGCGAUCAGUGUUCCUGACUACGCUAGUGUCUUUGAAGCCGUUAAGAUUUUGAAGCAUGAGCCUUUGAUAUCGAAAGUACGACCCUAUGUCACAGCCGGACUAUCGUUGUCGAAUGCGGAACAUGCCGCAAUGCACAGUGAGAUUGAAGGAUCUUCGACGGACUUCCCCCACAGCUUUGUCUUCACCCCAGUGCAUUUGGAAUCAGAAGACACAAACAGUCCAAUUGUUGCCAUAAUUGGUUCGGCAAUGGGUUGGGACUUCUCUCUCCAGAACCUUCUCCCAGAAGGUGUGGUCGGUAUCAAUGCAAUCCUGAAGAAUAGCUGCGGCCAAAGCUUUGCUUACGAAAUCAAUGGCCCGGAUGCUUUCUACCUCGGAGAAGGGGAUAUGCACCAAACCAAGUACGAUGAAUACGAGCGCUUUGUGAAUCUUGCACUUCACACACACCCAGAGUUCGAAGACACACAAGGACACUGUCGAUAUUCUAUGCACUUGUAUCUCAAUGACAAGUUUGCUGACCUGUAUCUGACUCCAGUGCCACUUCUGUACACUGUUUGCAUCGCUGGGUCCUUUGCCUUUAUGAUUGCCGUGUUCUUCGUGUACAAUUCGUUUGUCCAUAAACGAAACGAAACUCUGGUAGCGAAUGCAGCAAGAUCAAAUGCUGUCAUCACUUCUCUUUUCCCCGACAAUAUCCGCAACAAGAUCAUUGGCGACGAAAGCUCUGAUAACAAGAAGAACCCACGAAACUUCCACGAGCUCCUUGAUCCAACGAGUGAUCCGCUUACUGACUUGUCGCGACCACCACUUGCCGACUAUUUUGCGACCACGACUGUCAUGUUUGCUGAUAUCUGUGGCUUCACUGCGUGGUCAUCUGUGAGGGAACCAUCCCAAGUGUUCACUUUACUGGAGACUGUCUAUGGUGAAUUUGAUCGCCUCACCAAACAUAGCAAAGUUUUCAAGGUCGAGACCGUCGGCGAUUGCUAUGUCGCCGCCACCGGAAUUCCAACAUUUCGCAAAGAUCACGCUGUGCUGAUGGUAAAGUACGCUCACAAGAUAUCUCGCGCCAUGACACAUAUGACGCAAACGUUGGAAACCAAACUUGGACCCGACACUGCAGACCUGUUGCUUCGAAUUGGUAUCCACUCGGGACCCGUUACUGCAGGUGUCAUUCGAGGAGAGAAGGCGAGAUUCCAAUUGUUCGGGGACACAAUGAACGUGGCAGCUCGAGUUGAAAGCAAGGGGGCUGCAGGUCGAAUCCAUGUUUCACUGGACACGGCGGAGCAUCUGCGAAAGUGUCACAAGGGACAUUGGCUAGUAAAACGCGAGGGAACCAUCGUUGCAAGGGGAAAAGGUGAUCUCCAAACGUAUUGGAUUGGCAAAGCAGUUGGGAGUGGUAAGGAGUCUACCGGUACCGGUUCCGAGACAGCGUCUGUAUCAGAGAAGAGCAAUAACAGCUUGGAAGAAGCGACACCAGCUGCAUUUGGAAACCAGCUUGAUGAUGCUGGCGAUCGCAAAGAUCGGCUUGUCGACUGGAAUGUGACUGUUUUCACUGACAUUCUCAAGCAGAUUGUUGCAAGGAGGAAUGCCUAUGUUGCUGCUAAGAAAGAUUCGGCCGACCUGUCGGCAGUGGAUCUUAGAGUUGUUGAAGAUAUGAAGAAGGACGACUUCAAGCCACUGCACGAUGUCCGAGAGACCAUUUGGCUUCCCGAGUUUAAUCAAACAGUCGAAGACUCGCAGGAAGAUGCGCAUACCAUUGACAUCCCAACCAGUGUCUCAACCCAGUUGCGUGAUUUCAUCAGUACAAUUGCUAGUCUGUACAGAUCCAAUUCAUUCCACAACUUCAAGCAUGCAAGUCACGUUACUAUGAGUGUCAUCAAGUUGCUUUCGAGAAUUAAAGCUCCAACCGACUUUGAAAUGAUGGAAAACGAAAACGAAUCUGACGAUGAUUCCUUCCACGUGAAAGCAAACCUACAUGAUCAUACUUACGGUAUUACAUCGGAUCCUUUGACUCAAUUUGCCUGUGCAUUUGCUGCUUUGAUCCAUGAUGUAGAUCACGAAGGCGUAACCAAUGCUCAGCUGGUAAAAGAAGGAGCCGUCGUCGCGGCCAAGUACGAGAAUCGCAGUGUGGCCGAACAGAACAGCUUUGUGCUUUCCUGGAAUCUUUUCAUGAGCGACCGUUUUGCAACCCUUCGAGAGCAUCUUUGUGCCACUCCAGCUGAAAUUAUCCGAUUCCGAGAGUUGGCAGUGAACGCAGUCAUGGCAACAGACAUCGUGGACAAGGACUUGAAGAACUUGCGAAACAAUCGAUGGGACAAGGCAUUCAAGAAUCAAGCUAACAUUGAGGAACUUGACAAUGAGAGCCGUGAGAGUAUCAAUCGGAAGGCAACGAUUGUGAUUGAGCACUUGAUUCAAGCAUCAGAUGUCAGUCAUACGAUGCAGCAUUGGCAUGUUUACCGAAAGUGGAACGAGCGUCUGUUUCAUGAGAUGCAUGCGGCGUACGUCCAGGGUCGAAGCGACUCGGAUCCUGCUUUGACAUGGUACAAGGGCGAGAUGGGCUUUUUCGACUUUUACAUCAUCCCAUUGGCAAAGAAGCUGGAGAGCUGUGGCGUAUUUGGAAAGUCUAGCGACGAGUUUCUGAACUAUGCUAGAAGCAAUCGCGAAGAAUGGGAAAUUCGGGGUGAAGAGAUUGUGGCAGAGAUGGUGGCGGGCCUCAAUGAGUGA